ACUUACAGACCUUCAUUGAUAACAUGCACGAAGUCACCUCACAAUGGCGCAACGAGGAUCCCGCUGAUUCGAGCUUCUCCCGCCUCCUCGCGCAGUUAUGCCAAGAGACGCAAAGCUUGCCCGCUGCUCUCCUCUUCACGGACAUCGCCCCGUCCAGCGCCCCCGAACCCACCCGCCUCGGCAGCUCCUCAGACGUUUUCAAGGGCACGCUAACCACGUCGCGCACGGACCGGAAGCCCACGACUCGGGCUCAACAUGUCGCGCUCAAGCGCCUUCGCAUCUUUCCCUACCCCGUCGCCGCGCCGCCGCCGCGAUACUACGGCGAUUUUGUGCGCUGGAACCUGCUGCGACACCCGCACGUGCUCCCUUUCCUGGGAUUGACGCAGCAGCGCCAGCAGGAGCUGGGGGCCGGGUGCUGCAUCGUCACGCCCUGGCAGAAGCACGGCAACGUUCGCGCGUUUUUGCGCGACCACCCCGAUCCAACCGAGAUCAGUCGUCUUCUGCUCGAAGUCGCACGCGGUUUGGAGUACCUACACAGCGAGGGUCUCGUCCACGGCGAUCUGCGCGGGGCCAACGUGCUCGUCCACGACGAUGGACGCGCGCAGAUCGCCGACUACGGCCUGCGCAGGUGGCUCGACGACGCGGCGAUGGAGGAGUUGGCCGGCGAGGGCGGCAUUAAAAACGCGCGAUGGGAGCCGCCUGAGUAUAUGGCACCAUCAUCCAGCGCCGACGGGGAAGGCGGCGAGGUCUGGACGCCCGCCGGGGACGUGUACUCUUUCGGUCUCCUGUGCUGGGAGCUUUGGGCGGGCAAGUGCCCGUUUUGGGAGACGAAGCGGAGCGCGGCGGUGAUCCUGGCGGUGAUCAAGGGCAAGAGGCCUGAUCGGCCGUCCGUUCAGGCGGGGUACGUUAGGGAUAUGCCCGGUGCGCUUUGGGAUUUGGUGCAGAAGUGCUGGGUACGCGAUCCGGGGGCGAGGCCGACAAUGAACGAGGUUGUGCGAACCAUGUCAGCUUGGUGA